GGACGGCCCGUGACGUCAUAUCUGUGCGUCGGCUCUUGAAAGGACCCCGGCGCAGGUUGUCCCGGGAAGGGCAGAGACAUGUUCGGGAGGACGGUGCUCCGCGGCCUGGCCGUGACCGGGAGAACCGGGGUCCUCUGUGUGGCCCAGCUCCAUGUCAGCUCAAGACAUGGCCUGCAAUAUGGCUACCUGGCAUACAUGCUGGGUGAGAGAACCACCAAACGGUUUGGGCCUAACAGCAAGAUCGUCACUGUUGAUGGGAAUUUGGCUUCUGGCAAAGGGAAACUUGCUCAGGCACUGGCCGAGAAACUGGGUAUGAAAUAUAUGCCGGAAGCCGAUCAAUAUUAUUUACACAGACUCACUGGUGAUGGGACCAUCCUACCAGACAAGUUUGCUGGCCUUUGCGGUCUGGAGAAAUUCUAUGAGGACCCCAAAUGCGCAGAUGGGAACUCAUACCGCCUGCAGUUAUGGAUGUACUGUGUGCGCAUGCUGCAGUAUUCUGAUGCCCUAAAUCAUCUGCUCAGCACAGGUCAAGGGGUGGUUUUGGAGCGUUCGCCUUUCAGUGAUUACGUUUUCCUUGAGGCCAUGAACAAAAGCAAUUACAUCCGCAAACAAUGUGUAAAUCAUUAUAAUGAGAUCAAGAAUGUGAGCAUUGAUGAGUUCCUGCCUCCACACGUAGUUGUAUAUGUGGACGUUCCAGCAGCUGAUGUGUACAAGAAAAUACAAGAAAAAGGAAAUGCAGCUGAGAAGAAAGUUGAGCUGUCCUAUUUGCAGAAUAUUGAGGAUGUGUAUAAAUCAUCCUUCCUCCCAAAAAUUAGCGAGACAUCAGAGGUAUUGCAGUACACUGCUGCUGAAGCACAGACUGUGGAGCAGGUUGUUGAAGACCUUGAAUAUGUAAAAAUCACUAAAGCUCCAUGGACAGAACAGAAUGAUGUCACCUUCCAUCAUUUGCGUAUUCUGGUUCAGGACAAGUGCAACAUUACUAAUCUCUUCAACCUGCCCAUCUACAUCCCAGAAGUCACAGUGGGUGGACUAGACUUCGACAAGCUGUAUUAUCAGUUCCGAAGUCUGCCAGGAAGAAAAUAUGCAAAAGGAUACAACGAAGAUAUCGGGGACAAGUACAUCUGGCUGAAGUGAACAAUUGUGAAGCCUUUCUGGUCCACAGUAUCUGCUCCCAUUUAAUGCUUCCACCGCAAUGACUGGCAAUAUUUUUUAGAUCAGACUAUUUGGAGUGAGGGAGUAGUAAGGGUGAAGCCCCAAGUAAUCCAGUGGAUCGCCUGGAACGUAAUACAUCUGUACGUUGCAACUAUCAACCUCAAAUAUGAAUAAAUAUGUUUUCUUUGACACUGA